AUGCAGACGAGGAAUAUGGAGAGGAAGAAUUCGAUUAGGGAGAGAGGGAAGCGGGGUUUGGAGGGUGGUGAAGAUGAGCAGCAGCAACCGGAGCGGAAGCGUCCGGCUUUAGCUAGUGUUAUUGUGGAAGCUUUGAAGGUAGAUAGCCUCCAAAAACUUUGCUCAUCCUUGGAACCUAUUCUUCGCAGAGUUGUUAGUGAAGAAGUGGAGCGAGCUUUAGCAAAGCUAGGCCCUGCUCGACUAACUAACGGAAGACCUUCUUCACCCAAGCGUUUAGAAGGACCAGAUGGUAGAAACCUACAACUUCACUUCAAAUCAAGAAUGUCUUUACCCCUCUUCACCGGAGGCAAAGUUGAAGGGGAACAAGGCGAUUUCAACAAUGAAGAUGAUGAAGGGUGGACUCAAGAAGAGUUUGAUAGCCAUGUUGUGAAAGAACGUGAAGGAAAAAGACCAUUGUUGACUGGAGAUUUGCAGGUUGUGCUUAAAGAAGGGAUCCGUGUACGUGAAGCAAAGACUGAAGCUUUCACUGUUAAAGACCAUAGAGGCGAAUUGUACAAGAAACACUACCCACCUGCAUUAAAUGAUGAGGUAUGGAGAUUAGAGAAAAUUGGGAAAGAUGGAUCUUUCCACAAGAGGCUAAAUAAUGCUGGGAUCUUUACAGUUGAAGAUUUUCUUCGCCUUGUUGUUAGGGAUGCCCAAAAACUACGCAAUAUUCUUGGAAGUGGGAUGUCAAAUAAGAUGUGGGAGGCUCUUGUUGAGCAUUCAAAAACAUGCGUGUUGAGUGGGAAGCUUUAUGUGUAUUAUCCUGAUGAUUCAAGAAACGUUGGUGUUGUUUUCAACAAUAUUUAUGAGCUAAGUGGUCUUAUUGCUAAUGACCAAUUUCAACAAGUUGAUUCUCUUUCAGAUAGCCAAAAGGUAUAUGUGGAUACAUUGGUUAAGAAAGCGUAUGAUAAUUGGAGCCAAGUUGUGGAGUAUGAUGGGAAGUCACUUGUGAGCUUUAAGCAGUCAAAAAGGUCAAGGAAUGAGUAUUCAGUGGGGUCCAUAGAGUAUCCAAGAUCUUCAAAUAAUCAGCUAAUGCCACCACGUGUCCCUCUCAUGGGUUCCUCAGAUUCAACCUCGGUUGAUUCAAAUCUUCUUUUAGGAGGUUAUAAUGAAAAUCUUGACUCAGUGUACCAAACCCAACAACAACAACAACAACAACUCCCACACAAUCAAUACGACAUAAAUUUCACUUCAAACAAUCGCCACAUCAGCAACCCUAACCCUUUGCAGCAAACCAACGGGUAUGAUACCCGGUCGGCCGGGCUAGCCCUGGGUCCACCACAACCCUCCUCAUCUUUCCCGGCCAUGAACCCCUUCGAUGACUGGUCCCACAACCGCAUUGGCGGCGGAAGUGGCGGUCAUGGCGGGGGUGACUUUAUGUCGGAGGAGGAGAUACGGAUGAGAAGUCAUGAAAUGCUUGAAAAUGAAGACAUGCAGCACCUUCUUCAGCUGUUCAGCAUGGGUGGUGGUGGUGGUGGGGGUGGUCAUGGCGGGAAUGUGGCGGAAGAUGGGUUUUCUUUUCCGUCGUAUAUGCCGUCUCCGGCGCCGAAUUUCUUUGAUGAGGAUAGGAGCCGCCCUGGGAAGGCGGUGGUUGGGUGGUUGAAGAUUAAGGCGGCGAUGAGGUGGGGGUUUUUCGUGAGGAAGAAGGCUGCGGAAAGAAGGCGGGCUCAGAUUGUAGAGUUAGAUGAUGAUGAAUGA